GGGACAGUCACUUAACAUGUCAGGACGACAGGGCUUGUGGCAUCUGGCCUGAAGCCUGCCUGGCUCAGCGUUAACUCUAUAUAUGCAGUGGUGGUCAGGGAGUUUAGGUGUGAGCUACAGAUGAGACGUAGAGAGGGGAACUGGGUUCAAUGAGCUUCUUAGGAGCUGCAGUAGAAGGAACUUGGGGUGCCAGAUGAACCGUCUGACCUCACCCAUGCUGCCACGGGCCCUGGCCCAGGCUGUGCGCACAGGACAUCUCAGCGGCCGAAGCCUCCAUAGCAGUGCAGUGGCAGCAACAUACAAGUAUGUGAAUGUACAGGAGCUGGAUAUGGACAUGAAGUCUGUGACUGACCGUGCAGCUCGGACGCUGAUGUGGACAGAGCUCAUCCGAGGACUGGGCAUGACCCUGAGCUACCUCUUUCGGGAGCCUGCCACCAUCAACUACCCAUUUGAGAAGGGCCCACUGAGUCCACGUUUCCGGGGGGAACAUGCACUGCGCCGCUACCCAUCCGGGGAGGAACGCUGCAUCGCCUGCAAGCUCUGUGAGGCUGUCUGUCCUGCACAGGCCAUCACCAUUGAGGCCGAGCCGAGAGCCGAUGGCAGCCGCCGGACUACACGCUAUGACAUCGACAUGACCAAGUGUAUCUACUGUGGCUUCUGCCAGGAGGCCUGCCCUGUUGACGCCAUUGUGGAGGGCCCCAACUUUGAGUUCUCCACUGAGACGCAUGAGGAGCUGCUGUACAACAAGGAGAAACUGCUCAACAAUGGGGACAAGUGGGAGGCCGAGAUCUCCGCCAAUAUCCAGGCUGACUACCUGUACCGGUGAUCUGGCCACCUGGCUGAGUCCUGUGGCCCCUGCUGCCCAUAAAGAAGCUAUGAUCCCACAA